GCCAACGAAACAAAUUACGUUGAAUACAAAUAUGAUAUAUCUGGUUCUGCGGCAUCAAAUUUGAUACUUUUUAAUGUGCAAUCUUUGAUCGAGGUAAGCUACUUUUACAGUAUUGAUACUUCUACUUGAGUGCAGGACUUCACAGUACUUGUUUCCAGCCGCUGCUGGUGAUGUCAGACAGCGGCUGGGUCAUAUGAAGGUCAGCAGCAGCGGAGGAGGUUCACCGGGAGUUCACUCGCAUACAUUAGGUAACACCAUCGCUCGCUCUGACAUAACUAGUAUGAAGCAGGUUGAGUUGAGACAUUCGUCAAUAAAGAAGAAGAGAUAAGAGGAAAGAAGUCCUGGGACUAACUUUGUUAUGCUAAACAGCCGCCAGAUCUCGAUGUGUUCUCUGCUGCAACAUGCAAACACUUUCUGGCCGUCUUUGGGAAAUAGAGGUCCGCUCCAGAGCGCGCACACGCCCCUUUGAAUGCAACACAGGCAUGUUUUACUGUUAAAACAACGUUUGCAUCAAACUCAAAACAGAGAGAAAAAACCCACCCUGCUGUGAGGGAUUGCACAUGCGGACAACAGAGCUCCAACAAUCUCCACACGGACGUCGCUGAGACUCAAACCAGAUCAUGUUUGACUAUGUGGAAUUUCAAGCUUUCGGUCCCGGAGAAAUCAUGGACUUGUACACUUCUACAACCAACCCUGCAUCGUGCAUGCUGCAGGAGCAGGACCAGGAUUUGGCAGCCUUCUUCCCCGAACUGAUCGAGGGGGACUGGCAGCAACACCGGUGCUCGCAAUCCGUUGGAAGCCAGAGCUCCAGCUCCAGCUCAGACGACCUGUUCGCCAGCCCUGCCUCCCCACCGCCGCCUCCUCGCACUUACAAGCCCUGUUUUGUUUGUCAAGACAAGUCUUCAGGCUACCACUAUGGCGUCAGCGCCUGCGAGGGCUGCAAGGGCUUCUUCCGCCGUAGCGUGCAGAAAAACAUGGUGUACACCUGCCACCGAGACAGAAACUGCAUCAUCAACAAGAUCACCAGGAACCGCUGUCAGUACUGUCGACUCCAGAGGUGCUUUGCAGCGGGAAUGUCCAAGGAGUCAGUGAGAAACGACAGAAACAGCAGGAAGGGGAAGAAGGAGGCGGUGAAGAUGACCAUCAUGGAGACGUACGAGCUGACGGCGGAGCUCGGCUUGAUCGUGGAGAAGAUCUGCAAAGCUCACAGAGAGACCUUCCCCUCUCUUUGCCAGCUGGGAAAAUACACCACAAACUCCAGCUCCGACCACAGGAUCCAGCUGGACCUCGGGCUGUGGGACAAGUUCAGCGAACUCGCCACCAAGUGCAUCAUCAAGGUGGUGGAGUUCGCCAAGCGAGUGCCUGGAUUCACCGGCCUGACCAUCGCUGACCAGAUCACUCUGCUCAAAACUGCCUGCCUGGACAUCCUGAUCCUGAGGAUUUGCACUCGCUACACUCCUGGCCAGGACACAAUGACGUUCUCCGACGGGCUGACCCUAACCCGCACUCAGAUCCACAACGCCGGAUUCGGACCACUGACAGAUCAGGUCUUCACAUUUGCCGGCCAGCUGCUGCCACUGCAGAUGGACGACACAGAGAGCGGCCUCCUCAGCGCCAUCUGUCUCGUCUCUGGAGACCGACAGGAUCUGGAAGAGCCGUCCAAAGUGGAGGUUCUGCAGGAGCCGCUGCUGGAGGCCCUGAAGAUUUACUCCCGCAAACGGCGGCCCAGCAUGCCCCUCAUGUUCCCCAAAGCCCUCAUGAAGAUCACUGACCUGCGCAGCAUCAGCGCCAAAGGAGCUGAGAGGGUGGUGACUCUGAAGAUGGAGAUCCCGGGCUCCAUGCCACCUCUGAUCGAGGAGAUGCUGGAAGAUCUGGAGAAAAACUCUGAGGAGAGCAGAGAGGAGGCAAAUAGCAGCCAGCACACACACAGCGUCUCCUCACAGUGCAUGACUUCCUUCUCUGGAGUCGCUCAAAGAACAUUGGCUCCCGUUUUCCCUCCCAGAGAAAACGCUAACAAUAUAAACUAAAGAUGAAGUGCAGAGGGUUACUAGUGUCUUACCUCAGUUUCACAGAUUGGUUGGCAAACACGCCACUUGUGUUUGUCUGAAGAAGAGAUUCAGUUGUUACACUAACGACUAAGCUGAUGAAUGAAGAGCUCAUUUCUGCUUCAAAGGGGGAGAAAGAUGAUGCAGUAAUGUUUUAACUUGUAUCACAAUUUCAUUUUUUUUAACCCGUCCGGGCAGACUCCUCGUAACCACUGGGAAUCAGGCUGGUUUCUACUAUAUUUAUAUUUGCAUGAGAUAUCACAUGGAUUAAUUUUUACCUCAUUUAAUAACAACGCCUUUUGGCUUUAGUGUAGCAAACUUAGUAAACAUAUGGGUUUAAAACGUCUGCUGGUUGGUUGUAACAAUUUAUUGAUUUCCAAUGUGUGUAAAAUGAAACCUCUGGACUCACUGUUUAAACAUAUUUGGAGAAAAAGAGCAGAUUUGUCUGCACAAAAGGGAAAAGUGUAAAAGCAAAAAUGUGAUGACGCUUUUACUCGUAAAGAUAAAUGUUCAUAACUGGCAUUAACAAAAAUCACAAAUGUAUAUAACUGAUAUAACUUUAUAAAGGAAAAUAGUAAGUACAGAAAGCUGCUUAGCUUUGAACAACAGAAAAGAAAACAAAUAUACGGUGGCCCUGAGAGCACAAUUCUGCAAAACAAUAAAACACAUGCAAAUAGACACAAGACUCAGCAGUUUGUGGGUUAUGAAGUUAUUGAAGUCGGCUUUAUUUAGUUGCCUUAUUUCAACAGUGUGGUGACAUGAUUUAGAUAGUAUUGCAGAUAUCUGUUGUUAACCUAGCGUUAGCCUUUUUCAUGUUAUUAUAAUAUAUAUAUAUAUCAUGCUAUCACUGUGAUGAAUAGCCGACUUCAAUAACUUCAUAAACCAGAAAUGGCAACAACAAGCGCGGCGUGUCCCAGUCGUGUGCUUCACUUUUUAGUGUCCUCUGGAAACAGUGUGUGUUGUGUUGUUAGCUUCUUGCAGCGCUUUCGCUAAAUCCUGCGCAAUUAAUAUUUUUGUGUCGUCAAAUUGGUAAAGAUGUUUCUUCAUUUGCACGUGUUUUCCUAAUUUGCAGUGCAUUGAUCUCUCAGAGACACUGUACACACUACAUAAUGACUUCGAAACUUGGAAGUGAACAAAACGAUUCAAAUCAGCAAAAUGAUUGUCGCACAACGCUAGUUUUCUGUAAAAUGCGAUACAUUGCAUUGUGGGAUUGUUUGCAAUCGUUCCACUGAGGCAUGUUAUUUGAGAGCAAUAUUUAAUGCACUCAUUUUACACUUAGAGUUCAGAUACUCAAACAAAAUGGCGGAUGGUAAAUGUAGAGCACUGUAAACACUGGUUGCCUUGCGACCUCACAGUGACUUCAGGAAGUCACUGAGCUCAGUCAAGACAUAAUCCCGCACGUAACCCCUCGUAACACCACAAAUAGUUGUUUUUACACCUCGAUUUUGUACAAAUAUUUUAAACAAACAAAGAACAAACAAGACAUUAACUAGUGAGCUUUAGAGGUGCUAAUAAGUGGAUUUCGGUACCGUUGGACAGUCUUUAUGCUAAACUAAGCUAACCGGUGUCUGGCUCCAGCUUAAUUUUUUACCAUGCAGACAAGGGAGUGGUGCUAAAUCCACUCAAACAACUUUCAGCAACAAUGCAAAUAUAUGUAUUUUCCAAAAUAUAUAAAUACUCCUUCUAAGAGCUCGUCGCUCAAUGGGUCUCAGUGUUCAGAGUCGAACUUCCUGGAGCCGUUGUAGUACAUUUUGCUGGACAUUGUUUUACAGUACCAAAUAUAGGUACACUGUAAGUAAGCUAAUUUACCACUUUAUUCUUUCACACAUAUUCUAAAUGCAACAUUUUAAUCCCAGAUGACACAUCUGCAGUUUUUUUUUGAUACUUCAUUUGAUGAGUUCUGUAUAAACAUGUUUUUUACAAACUUUUGUUUUUCCUUUAACGAAAAGAGGUUUUUGAAAUGCAUCAGUGUUUGAUAUCGUCUUAUCACAGAUAGCCGUGAAUAAAAUACUCUGUACUGUAGAAAUAAUACUAAUAAAAGAAAACUUGCAACUCGAGGAAAAGGAUAAGUUGAAGCUACAUAUACAGCGGUAUUGUGUCAUUGUUGGCAAAGCAUAUGGGAAUUAUAUAUAUAUAAAACGCAAAUGACAUUUGUUCCUAAAGAAAUGUACAUUCCAUGAAAAAGAAGGAUGUUGUUUAAGUGUAUAAUAUAUCUACUGUAAGUAACAAAGCAAGCAGCCUGUUUACUGUAAGAACUCAUGUGCCUACUCUAAAUGUGCCAACAUCUGCCAUAUCUGGGAAUUUGACAUACUUGGUCAACAUAACCUGGAACAUUUCAUCAGAUUUCAUGAUGUUUUUGUCGGUCUAUUAAAGUCUUGUGUACUUUUCA